AUGAGCGAGGAGUCGUCAACAACAAGCACGAAUCCACCAUCAGGAAUUAUAAUGGAUACGUCAGAUUCAGGAGACUCGCCAUUCACAAAUCAGUCAAGUUAUUCAAUUACAGAUCCGACAACACAGGUUCACACUAGGAACCCAUUUAGACAAUCUCCACUGCCAAAUCCAUUCACAGAGGAAGAUGGGUCGUUAAAGCAACAGCAAUCUGAUCCACCACAGUACAACGCACUGCAACGUGGAGACACGGAGUCGGACCAGAAAACAAGCAUAUCCGAUACUGAGCUUUUGUCUUAUCCAUUCAAAACAAUCAACCGUAUACUUGAUGACUUGAAAUGGACUAUUCCAAUGAAGGAGAAGUUAGGAAUUAGCUUAUUGAAUAAUAAACCUAUAGAAUACGCCUAUCCAUUGAGUCAGCUUGUCAAUUCGAGCCAUUUCAGCUUUCAAACUUUGAUAUUGAAUGAAUUUAUAGACUAUUGUCCUUCGGUGGAGGAACUGAAGAUGGAGGAGACAAACCAAACUGUUCGCGUCGUUCGUGGUAUUGUGGUGAGCAGAGAUCACAGAUGUUUUCAUUUCAGAUUAGCAUCGGUUGAGGAUACACCAAACUUUAGUCUUGGAAACGUUGUGGACAAGCAUCAGUGGCAUGUUAUCCCCCCUGAGAUAAUAUGUAAUCACGAUUUAAAGCUAUUGUUGGCAGAAUACCAAGAACAAGAUCAGAUAAUAGAUGAUGCCUACUUCAAAAGCUUCAAUUCACCUAACAACCAGAUACUCAGGCUAACUAUUUUUGAACCAGAAUUCACUGCUGAGAUGUUGGACCUGCUCACAAAUGAGAGUAUAAUCAAGAGUAGGUACUUGUCUACAUUUGAACGCCACCCUGGGUUAACGGCCGAUCUAGUACCUUCUCCCGUGCAUUGUAUAAACACACUAAUCAAAGUAUUGAGAGGUCCUAUCGAAUACAAACAGACACCACAGCGUACCAUUAGCUUAACAAACACAAAGAUGGAGACUUUUAUCGACACCAAUCUUUUACUUGAAAAACUUUCUUUUAGUUUAAACGAGGAACAGGAUUCCGUUGUUCCACCAAAUCUCUCAGAAACACCAGCUUUGGAAGAAUCGUUUAUGAGGAAAAUUCUCGAAUUGAUUUAUGUGGCGAGGCGUUUAUUUGCUGAAAAGAAUGAGUACCGGUCACGUUAUUCUUUUUCGGAUAACAUGUCUAGAGUAUUUGGCAUAGUCGCGGAGUAUGACAAAGCAGCCAGCAUUAACAACUACAAUAACAAUUUGACCAAUAAGUAUCCAUCUUUCAUCACAUUAAGUGCAUCCACCUAUUUCCAGGAAGAGUUGCUAGUCAAAUGCUUUGAGCUUUCGGUACAAUCUGAUUCUGUGAAUAAAUUGCAUUAUGUUGAUGCUUUGAAAGAAGUCAGUAAUUUUGUUGCUACGCCGUCGCGAUUUAAUAAAUUAAAUGCAUAUUUGAGCAAAUCAUCACAGAAUGGAGAGUUUGUGGGUUUUAAAGAUUAUAUCGCGUCAUUACAAACGUUAGGUGUGGCAAUAGACUCUAGCACACCUGUUGAUUCAAUUGACGAUGAAGUUAUCAUUGCAAUGUACAAGGAGCAAUGUAAAAGUGAUCCAAGAAACUACCAGUACUUUAAUAACCACUUAAAGACAGUAUCAUAUGGGAAAAAUUCGCAAAGGUUGAAAAGCUUCCUUGCAGGUGAAAUAAUCCCUAUGGAUUUGGCAUUGCUGGAACUUCAAAUUGAAGAAAUCACCGAGGAUGAUGUCGUUGUUACGGCUUACGAGUUCAAGGCAGAUGACUUGUUACAACUGAACGGAUUCAAUGCGGAUGCCGAUGAGAUUAUUUUCUUAAAUAAGGCCUUAGCAUCAGUAGCCAUCAACAGAAGGAGCUAUAUCUUGCUAAAUUAUUUGGAGACGAAACUUCCCGAGUAUGCUAAAGUUUCCUCUUUGGACCAAAUGACGGUAUCCAAAGCAUAUGAAUUUCUCAACGCUAAUGGAAAGACGUCCGAGUUUGAGAUUAUCAACAACUUCCAGAACAAAUCUUUGUCGAACGAGAUUGACAUACGCGAAUUGAGAUAUGCUAUGAAGACAAUUGCUGAAUUUAGAAAGUCAGAGAUUUUGAUGAACUUUGUCAAAACGGGUAAAGUUGAUUCGUCAUUGCUACCGGCGGAGAAUUGGCCAGCUGGAUUAGACAACAUUGGAAAUACCUGUUAUUUGAACUCGUUAUUGCAGUAUUACUUUUGUAUCAAGCCAUUGCGUGAUUUAGUGUUAACUUUUGACGAAGACGAUUUUGAUUUGGAAGAGUUUACUGAAUCGAGAAAGGUUGGAGGGCGCAAGGUUGAGCCUUCGGAAAUACGUCGUUCCAACCAGUUUAUUUACCAAUUGAAAAAAUUGUUUGAGCAGAUGAUUACAACUGAUAAGAGGUGUGUCCAGCCUAGUAAAGAGUUGGCGUAUUUAUCAUUCUUGCCAUUGUCUCAGCCGGUUAACUUUAAAGAGCGCAUUCAAAGUCAAGAGGGUACCACUGAUGAGCUGAAAAGUACUGACGAUGAUGGGGAUAUCAAGAUUGAAGAAGGGGACACCAGUGUAGUAGAUGGCGAUCCAUUCAAAGAUGAGAGAGAUAAAAUAACAGCUGGUGACAAUGAAGAAGUUAAUACCGAGUCUGACGGAGUUAUGGUUGAGUCUCGCAUGAUUGGAGAACAAGUAAGUACAGACAAGUUUAUUGAAGAUAUUGAGACACCGGAAUCUACUGCAUCCGCCGUUUCAGAGCCAGACCCAAACUCAAAGAUAUUAUCAAUAUCGACAGACGAAAUUGAAAGCACUAUCGAGAUAGGUCGGCAACAGGAUGUCACUGAGUGCAUUGAAAAUGUGAUUUUUCAAAUUGAACUGGCUUUACCGCCAACUUAUUUGGAUAAAGAUGGCGAGCAGUAUGACUUGAUCAAGAAAUUAUUUUAUGGGAAAACAAAGCAGACUAUACAGCCAUUGGAUGCAAAUGAUGAUAUAAAGAAAUCACAAGCUAGGGUAUUGACAGAGCGCUUCAACAGCUUAAUUAUCAAUGUCAGUGACCACCCCAAGAGUAUCUAUGAUGCGUUAGACAAUUACUUUAAUGAGGAUACCGUGAAACUCGAGGAAGGAACAGCUAAAAAGUCCAUUACCAUUACUGAACUCCCUCAAAUUAUGCAGUUUCAUGUGCAGCGAGUAAUGUUUGAUAGAGAGAAGUUAAUGGCAUACAAGAGUAUUGAGCCUAUUCCAUUCAGUGAAAAGAUAUAUCUUGACCGGUAUUUGGAUACCGAAGAUGAAAUUAUUUUAGGCAAACGAGCUGAAGUUUUCCAAUGGAAGAGGGAACUUGGAGAGUUGAGGGGUAGAAAGAGUCAAAUUUUGUCUGUUGACGAAGAUGCUUCAAUGAAUAUUAUCGACAGCUUAAUCACUACAAAGGCAUUCUUGGAAAAGAAGGUGAGGGAUGACGAUAAGCUUUCAGUUGAACCAACAACAAUUCAACUAUUGUCCAAUGAAAUCAACAAAUUGAAAAAUCAAAUUGAUGAUAUUGAUUCCAGGAUUGUCCAAAUUCAGCAACAAAUCAAUACUCAAUUUGACAAUUAUAAACAAGUUGGAUACUCAAUAUUUGCCAUUUUCAUUCACCGGGGUGAAGCAAGUUAUGGCCAUUACUGGAUAUACAUUAAAGAUCCUCACCAAGAUAAUAUUUUUAGAAAGUACAACGAUGAAAUGGUUACUGAGGUUCCCGAUUCUGAAGUGUUUAAUUUCAUUGAAGGAAAUACAGCGACUCCGUAUUACAUUGUUUACGUCAAGAAUGAUUUAGAGAAGGAUUAUAUCAAUCCAUUAAAUAGAGUGAUUACUUGCAAUGAAUGUUAA